UUGUUUCCCCUGGUUGGGGGGGGGGGGAAUAAACAAAACUAGUGUAUAAAUCUAUCGUUAUUUCGAAUGUAUGCACUGACUUAAACAGUUAAAUCUUUUCUAGACUAGACUGUAGACGACUCUGUGACUAGAAUCUAGAAUUGAUCUAGAUCUAUUCAUAGAACUCUAUUCUAGAUCUGAAUUAACCGAGUAUAAUGCGACUAGUCACUAGACUAGAUCUAUCAUCUAGCUAGGUCACUUGUCUUCUACUACUAGAUAGUAACUAGAUCUAGAUUAUUCUAGAUCUAGAUCUAGAUCUACUUGAAGUACUUCUAGUCCUAGUACUACUAACUACUGCUUACUACUAGUACUCACUGUGACUGUCUGAGUAGUAGACCUAGACUAGAUAGUAUAGUUACAUAAAGUCAUAGUACAUAGUUAGAUUCUAAGAUUGUAGGUCACAGUAGGUCCAAUUAGAAAAUUUUAAUUAGACUAAUUCAUUGACUAUGCCAGUAUGAAUUGACUGAUCAUGAAACAUUGUAAAAAUACUAAGAUUGUUAUUAAAUUUAUGACAAUCACUAUGUUUUUGUUGAAGUAAAUUGAAGUCUGAACAUAAUCUACAUUAAAAUAUAUUGAUAAUAUUGUUAUAAAAUAUCUAGUCACUCAUUCUGUUCCAAUGAUAUUAUUUUGCUUCAUUGUAAAUAAGCAGGGACGGAUCAGAUUAAGAAGCUGAUGCAGUGCCCAUUCCAAAUAUGGAAGAUCUUCAUGCCUCUCUCUGUAUACACUUACACUCUUGCAACAAAAUGAGACAAUGCAUGGAAUAACUGUUCAACAUCUCUCUUCAGAAAUUAUCAACAUGUCCAGGAAAAGGAGAGAGAACUGAGAGACACAGCUGUGAUCAACAAGUGCUUAAUGCGAUCAAAGAAACAGUGCAACUUCUUCAGCCAUGACAACAUGACAGUGGUGUACAAGAUGUUUACCACACUGACUCUGAUUUGUGGAACAACCAAAGAUGAAAAUGAACUGGCCAUUCAAGAAUUGCUAAAUGUAUUCAUGGAUUGUAUUGCAACUUAUUUUCAACAUGUGCCCAAACCUCGUGUAGGAUGGCGGGGAAUGAAGCUGGCAGGGUUUGAACCUAGGACCAUUGAGACAACAGCCCAGAAUGCAAUAAGUGAAUUUCAACACAAUAGGUACCAGUAUACAAUAAUUAUGUUUCACAAUGAGAGCCCGAUGUAUAUACAUGGGGAUAGUGACCAGAUUAAAAAGCCAGUUGAGCUCAUGGUAGGAUAGAAACGGAGUUGAGGUCACAUCAGUACAUCAUCAUAUGUAUGGAUAGACAGCUGCCAAAUAAUUGACCUGAAAAAAACAGGUGCCUUUGUUGGGAAGUUUUACUAGUUGUUGUACUCACUUGGAAGAACAAUGAGUUCAGUGGACAUUAUGGACUGCUUCUUUCUUUCAUAUCACUUACUGAUUAAAUACUUAAUCAAAAUCCAUCAAAUUUUUUAUUUUUUUUUCAAAAUUAACCCAGGUUGUAAAGAACACAGGGAAAGCUACUUAAGAUGUUUACUAAUGCAUUUUUAAUUAAAAAUAACUUUUGAGUUUAUAGGCCAAAUAUAGGUACUAGUAUAUUUCUUACUUUUCAACUUUGAAUGCAUUCUGAAGGAAAGAAAAAACUUUCAUUAACAGUUAUAUAAUAAUUUAUAUACAAAAACUAAUAUAGUAAGUAGAAACACAAAAACAGUCCAAAGUAGAAAUGGGACAUGAUAAUAAUGCUGCUUUGUUUCCUCACUGCAUUCAAUAGCCUACACUGCACUUACAACACAAAAUAUAUGUAUGUAGAUCAAAUAAUAAGUGAUCAUUAAUGCUUUUAAGUUUAUACAAAUAAAAUUGUGCUGCUGUAAAACAACCAAGACUAGUUUCUUUUAUUGCAUAAAAAGUUUUUGAGACUUUUUUUUUCACAUUUUAUAAAACAGGCCUGCAUAUAUAUAUGUAUUUUAAGAAUGUAUCAUAUUUGAACAUAGAUUAUAAACAGAAUCCUGACUUUACUAUGAACAAUGAUUGAAAAUCAAGAAUAUUAUCUGAUUAACAACACAUUUUAACAAUACUUUCAAUCUUGAACCAGAAUUUUAAUCUCAGCACACCAU